CAUCCAUCUCUCUCUUCUUAUCAUCCACAACCAUAAAUUCUACUAGCAUUUACAACUUACCUCUUUAUUCUUCCUUCUUACAAAUUCCUUUUUUAUAUUCUUACAAAUUAAAACUCUUUGUUUCUUUCUAAAAAAUGGCAGGAAUAGUAUCCAAAAAAUUCUCAUACCAAAAGCUAAAGCAAGAAGUCAUUUUUGAAGAAGAUCUUCAUCAUCAAAACAAAAGUAAAAAAGAUAAAAUUUCCGAGAUUAUUAGAAGAUCAUCAACAUCAAUAAGAUCAAGAAGCAGCUGGAUAAAUAAGCUGAAAUUAAGGAGAAAAUUCAGGGUUAAAUUAGGACGUUGUUUUAGAAGGUUUUUCAGAAUCAGAAGAAAUAAAAAGCUUAAAGUUGCAAGAUUAGCUUGGGCUAAUAAGGUUUACAAGAGAUUAAAGGAAGGUCAAUCUCAUUUUGGUGAUCUUUUUGCUGGUAAUUACUUGUUCAUGCAAGUCACUCCUGGCUCCUUCGUCAAGAACAACAAAACUCAUUGCGUUUCGUCUCACCAAUUUUAUAAUCAUAGCAAUACUACUACUACUACUACUAAUAAGCUUUCUAGAUAUCCCUCAAGUUAUACUAGUAAUUAUGUUCUAUCUUCUUGAAUAAUUGUAUAAUUAUAUUAUAUGUAUGUUCAUGUGAUUUGAUGUAUUUUUAAGCUUAUUAUGUACUCUGGACUUCAUAUAAUGCAUGUAUUUACCAAUAAUAGUUUGUGAUAUAUGUAACAAAUAACUUAUUGAUAAACAA